AAAACAUAUAGAAAUGAAACAUUGUUUAAAGUUCAUUCAGAACCUAACCAAGAUGGAAACAAACCUACUUUUGUUUCUGCAGACGAUGGAACUACAAUGAGAUGGGGUCAUAAAGCUAACCCGGAUAGGUGGUUCAUAAACUUACAACCACAAUUCCAAGAAGUUGUAGACGCAAUGGAAGUCAAUGGUGAACGAGACAUAGCUGGUAUUUUAAGCGCGGCUUUAAUGCCAUUGAAAGAUAUGAAAGAUGCAGAUAUUUUGGACCAGUAUGAAAUGAACAUGGCUGAUGGAAAUAUAACACCUGACGUUCUAGAACAUUUAUCUCAAAGAACUACACAGAACCAUAAAGAUGGUAUAUUUGGUGAAGAGUUUAGAAAGAAAGUUAGGGAGAGAGAAGGAAGAGAACCUAUUGUACAUGACCUUGCAAACGAAAGUUUACAAAAUGUCAUAAAAACUUACUUUGCAGACGAUGAAUCGAGAAGGGAUGAAUAUUUAAGAAAACUCAAAUGGACAGUACCAAAUGAAAUGUUAGUAUUGAAAAACAUGUUCCUUGACAAAAUAAAACCAACUACAGAAAUAAACGACGCAAGACUGAAAGAUUGGGUAAAAGCUUUCCCAUUCACAAAAGAUAUAGUUGGUAACAUGGAAAGAAAACCAGAAUGGCUACAAAAACAUAUAUUUGGAAACGAGCUUAUUCCAUAUGGACAGGCACUGUUUGAAGCGCUUGAACCGGAAACUCAGGAAAGAGUCAUGCAAACAAUACGCGAAGACUCAAAUACAGACUAUGACAAACUCUUUCUAGGAUAUAGGUUACCUGAGAUGGGCGACCAGAGCCAAAAGGCAAAAAGGACAUGGGAAAUUUGCAACAUACUAGAUGAACAUAAUGCAAAGAUGCAACAACUUCAAGCAGAGGGCAAUGAAGGAAAAAGAAGAGUUAAAAACUCAGUCAGGAAGAAAGUAAAGCUUGGUCCACGUGGGUUCUAUUAUGA